UCAUGACAGUUUUAAUUUUUAGGACAUGAAUUAUAGUAUGUCACACACUCAUCGCAUAACUCAAGUAAGCUCACAUCAUGAAAAACACUGACAUGUAAUAGAUGUACUGAUUGAGUGAACGCUGAGAGAUUUGACUACAUGAGGCUGAAGCCUCUAAUGUCACUGAAGUUUCUGCAUGUUGUCCAUCCUCAUCAUUCACAUCCCAGCAUAGGAUAGCCUCACUUUUUGCAUGCCCUGACUCCUCCCCCUCCAUGCCUUUGGCUCCUCUUACCCCUGAAAUUCGCUUGCGAAAACUGGUUGAUGAGAGGGAAAACUUAAUAGAGCAGGUUAAGAGAUUGAAAGGUCAGCUUGAGCAGAAGAAACAGACGAAUGGUAUAGAGGACGCGUCCAGCCCAGAGGGAGAUGUGCUGGAGAACGGCACUGACUCCAACAUCAUGGAUGUACAGAGGGAUGCCAACAGACAAAUCAAUGACCUCAGAUUUAAGCUUGUCAAAUCAGAGCAAGAAGUCACAGCACAUGGACAGAAUGUCACAAGGCUCGAGGGUCAGGUGACCCGUUACAAAGCCGCAUCUGAAAACGCAGAGAAGGUGGAGGACGAACUCAAAGCUGAAAAACGCAAACUGCAGCGUGAGGUACAAUAG